CAUGGCGACUAGACGCGGGCAAUCAUUCACUCCGGUAGAGAUGACUUUGAAUAAAAACGCAGUGAAACAAAUGGCGGCUUCGAAAGCAGCUGUUUCCAGAUUGCGGGCAGUGAGGACAAGCAAAAGAGCUGACAAAUCAUCUCCAGCGUCCACUCACAACUUCAUGGAAAGCCUGCCACAUGAGAUUCUGAUUAAGAUUCUAUCAUACCUGGAUGCUUCUGCACUUUUCAGCGUCAGUCAAAUCAAUAAGCUCUUCUAUCAGCUUGGAAACGAUAAUGCUCUUUGGAUGAAGAGAUAUAUGGCUGAGUUCGGCAAGAACAAAAAGCAGAAAACUAGCGACAUGGAUGACGUGGUGCUGAAGAUGGAGGAACAGGACCAAGCUGCUGGCCAUUGGAAGUGGUGCUACCUCACGACUGUAGUGGCCCGGGACACAAAGUGGAAACGACUUCUAGGAAGCAUCAGCUGUCACACUGGUCUGCCUAGCCAAACCAAGCAGGUUCUCAGAAACUGGUGUGUCACCUGGGAACUGACAAUCACUGAUAAGUCAGGACAUGAGAGUACUUUGGAGCUGAGCUGGUCCCAGUUCUUCGAGACUUCUCUGACAUUGUGCUGGUGCGGUGGAGGCUACUUGCCUGACUACGAGCAGAUUUCUACCCUUCAACUCCACGGUGUCCAGAGGAAUGCCCUCAGGUUUCCCGGCCUAAACAAGAGGUCCCUCAUGGCAAAGGUGGACAUGCCUCCUCUAACUGUAAGAGCACAGGUCAUUGGCCAGGACAGACUGGUGCAACUGAAGCUGUUACAGCCUAGAAUCAUCAUUGGUGUCUGGAGGGACCAAUCCUCUGUUGCCUUCAUCAUGUUCACCCUGCACUUUCACAGACUGGUGGAGAGAAGCAUUCAGGGGUGUUGUAUUUGGCCUUAUGAGGAGCCUGUCGUCAAACCCCCUUUCGAUGAUAUAGACCCAGAGUAUGGUCUCCAUGGUUACAAACUACACAUUGUUCUCCACGACACUGUAUGCGAGCUUAUGUCUGGAAGCUUUUCCAACCUCUCCUGCCCCAGAGCUCAGAUCUCUGAUGGACUGAUCCAGUUAACUGCCAUUAGCAGGACAAACCGGUCACAGCACACCCCUCUGACAGGCAGAGUCAGCCUGCCCUGGCGAUGUGAGGCCCUGCAGGGAGCCAUAGAGAACUGCUGCAUCAUGAGUCUGACUCUGUUGGAUGAAUUCAGGAAACCCUUCAGGUGUGUCAGUUGUCCUGUUGUUAUGAAGCCGGAAAAGUCGCCUGUUUCUUAUGACUACUACGGUGAGCAUUUCCUGAUCUUCUACCAGGACUCAGACAUUCAGGUGAAAAUACAGCUUGUAUGGAUGGAGGAGCACAAGCAGUUUAUCCUAAUCAGUUUAGUUCUCUAUUUGAGCGUUUGUGCUGUCAACACAUAUUUUUGUAGAAAUUACUGAUCAGGGUAAAUCUUUACAAUGAAAUGUCCACCAGAAGCAUUUAAGCUUUCAGGUUUUUCACCACAGGGUGGACAACUGAAAGGCUGGGUCACCCACAAUGCAAUGUCUAUAGAUCAAAACCUGCUGGCCUUGUUAUUAUUCUGUCCUGAGCUGUUUAACCUGUUGAUAUACUGAAUAUAAAGAACACAAAGUUGUUGUCACAU